AUGAGUUGUAUCGCCAACAUCUUUAAGUCCCUCCUUCCCCACGACUCCUCCUCCUCGCCGCACCUCGAGCUCUCCUCGCCCCUCGAGCUCUCCCCACUCCCAUCCCUCGCCGACCGCCCCACACCCCAGCAACACAUGGAAUACCGUAUUCAGGACGGAGCGAACAGCCAAAACGUCCACCCACAUCUGCAGCCGCGCGCCCCACACCAGCAAGGUAUCCGCUCGCAGAUACUGAAGAAGUUCCACCAGCUCCAGCAUCUCCUCCUCCACCAAGCCCAGAAGCCGGCGAAGGUGAACUCAAUCUCGAUCCCAAGGAUCGUACUGACACUACCAGACGGUACACAUAUCGCCGAGCCGACCGAGGAGACCAUGCCGCAGCGCUGGUCACACCCGGUCGGUGCGGUUGAUGGUGGUGCUGGCGGGGCUGGGCAGUUGCUGUUUCCGACGUGGAACCCGACCGGAUCUGUCAAGACGCUCAAGAUGACCCCAAUUCGUGGUGGUGUUGCUGCUGGUGCUGGUGUUGCCGCUGGGGCUAGUGGUGGUUCUGGUGGUAAGUUUCAAGUCCCGUCUCGUUACCGUGGCAGGGGUUCCGGCGGCAACGGCAACAGCAAUGACAGCGGCAGCAGCGAUAGCAGGAUUCCGGCUGCGGUUGGAUCGGUCGGCAUUUCUAACAAGCCGUUGGCAUCUGUUACCAACGCCGUCAACACCAACACAAACCCAACUAGCCACCAGCAGGUUAUUCACUCCCAGACUUCGGACUAG